AUGUCGAAACGUUCGACAGAAGAAUUAGAACAUUCUGAAACUUUGGUAGCUCCAAAAGCACCAUUUGGUAAGCACAAUCAAAAUGGUGAAUCAUCGAAAGUAGAGGAGUCAAUCGGAGAAUUCGAGGACCCAUGGGAAGACGAAUUCGAGACAGAGUCAGAAAUAGAAGAUACGGAAACCGGCAGUGAUGGUGAAAAUGCCAUGGAAAUUGAAGAGAGCGAAGAUCAAGUAUACCUUCCCGGUCAAGAAUUGGGGGAAGGUGAAGCUCUUGAGGCAGAUCAAUCAGUCUAUGAAAUGUUACAUUCUUUGAAUGUCAAAUGGCCAUGUCUUAGUUUUGAUAUAUUACAUGAUAGUCUUGGUGAAGAGAGAAAAAUGUAUCCAGCUACAGCUUAUAUUGUUGCUGGCACACAAGCAGAUAAACCAAACAAAAAUGAAUUGAUGGUAAUGAAGAUGUCACAACUUCAUAAGACCCAGAAUGAUGGUG